CCUCCUUCAGCUCCAUGCCAUAGCCACUGCGAUCUCCUCUCCCUUUACUUUCCAUGGCAUAGUAAUAAUAAUAAAUUAUUAAUAAUAUAAAUAACACUUCAAAACUUUAUACACAAAACACAACAAAAGCUUCAAUUUCAUUCAUUCAUUCAUUCAUUCCCCUCUGUUUUCUGCAUGUGAUUGCAACAAGAAGAAGAAGGCUUUUCCACUUUUCUUCCCUGCCCAAAGUUCCGUUCUCUCUUCCUUAGGAUUUACGAGCUUCGAAAAAAGUUGAACAAACCCAGAGAAACGGAACAGAACGCCAUGAAGAGGGGUAGUAGUAAAGUAGACCCCUUUGUGCUACCCAACAGGCUCACACUGCUUCAGAUUUUCAUGGUGGUGAUGCUCCUUUACCUUCUCUUCAUAAGCUUCGAAAUCCCUCUCGCUUUCAGAGCCGGGCUAGGUACCGAAAACGGCGCCGUUUUCCUCACCGACGCAUUGCCCAUGCCCAUGCCGCUCUUGCUCGAAGAAUCACACAACAGGGUCGAAAUUAGAGCACCCAGAGGGCUGAAGUUGGAGAAAGUUUCCACCUUGAGGUUCAACGAGAGCUUCUCGGAGGGUUCGGAGCUGCACAAGGUGGCGCGGCACGCGUGGGUCGCGGGGGAGAAGCUCUGGGGGGAAGUGGAGAGCUUCGUGAAAAUUAAGGUCGAAAACGGGUCGGACUCGUGCCCGAAUUCGGUGUCGGUGUCCGGGGCGGGGUUCCGCGACAAGGGGGUGAUGGUGCUGCCGUGCGGGCUGACGCUCUGGUCGCACGUGACGGUGGUGGGGACGCCACGGUGGGCGCACGCCGAGAGGGACCCGAAGAUUGCGGUGGUGAGGGACGGGGGCGAGGCGGUGAUGGUGUCGCAGUUCAUGAUGGAGUUGCAAGGCUUGAAGGCCGUGGACAAGGAGGAGCCGCCGAGGAUUCUGCAUUUCAAUCCGAGGCUGAGAGGUGAUUGGAGUGGGAAGCCAGUGAUUGAGCAGAACACUUGUUAUAGGAUGCAGUGGGGUUCUGCUCUCAGGUGUGAGGGGUGGAAGUCUCGUGCGGAUGAAGAAACUGUUGAUGGACAUGUGAAAUGUGAAAAGUGGAUUCGUGAUGACAAUAAUCGUUCUGAAGAGUGGAAGGCGACAUGGUGGUUAAACAGAUUGAUAGGGCGAAAAAAGAAGGUGACGGUAGACUGGCCAUAUCCUUUUGCUGAGGGCAAGUUAUUUGUUCUCACCAUAAGUGCUGGCUUGGAAGGUUACCAUGUUAGUGUGGAUGGGAGGCAUGUGACAUCCUUUCCCUAUCGCACGGGAUUUGCUCUUGAGGAUGCUACUGGACUAUCUAUUAAUGGGGAUGUUGAUGUGCACUCUAUAUUUGCUGCUUCCUUACCUACAUCACAUCCUAGCUUUGCUCCACAGAUGCAUCUUGAAUUGCUUCCUCAGUGGAAAGCUCUUCCUCUUCGCAAUAUGAAUGUGGAGCUUUUCAUUGGUAUCCUUUCUGCUGGAAACCAUUUUGCUGAACGGAUGGCAGUGAGGAAGUCCUGGAUGCAGCAUAAGCUAAUCCAAUCUUCACAUGUUGUGGCUCGAUUUUUUGUAGCCUUGCAUGCAAGGAAGGAUAUAAAUGUGGACAUAAAGAAAGAAGCAGAGUAUUUUGGUGAUAUGAUUAUAGUCCCAUACAUGGAUCAUUAUGACCUUGUUGUGUUGAAGACCAUAGCUAUCUGUGAAUAUGGGAUUCAUACUGUGGCUUCUAAGUAUAUCAUGAAAUGUGAUGAUGACACAUUUGUCAGAGUGGAUUCUAUCAUAAACGAAGCAAGACAAAUUCAAAGUAGAAGUCUCUACAUGGGAAAUAUGAAUUAUCACCACAGGCCUCUUCGCCAUGGGAAAUGGGCUGUAACUUAUGAGGAAUGGGUAGAGGAAGAAUAUCCCAUCUAUGCUAAUGGUCCAGGUUACAUAGUCUCAGCUGACAUAGCUCAGUUCAUUGUAUCUGAAUUUGAGAAGCGCAAAUUAAAAUUAUUCAAAAUGGAGGAUGUGAGCAUGGGAAUGUGGGUGGAGCAGUUCAACAGCACAAGACCAGUGGAGUAUGUGCACAACUUGAAGUUCUGCCAAUUUGGGUGCUUUGAAGAGUACUACACUGCACACUACCAAUCACCAAGACAAAUGACAUGCAUGUGGGAAAAAUUGCAACAUCAAGGAAAACCACUCUGUUGCAACAUGAGAUGACAAAAUGAGGGUAGGUAUAGGUGAUGUGUACAACAAGGGAAAAAGAAACAUGCACAGCUAACUAGGCAAGUUCUAUGAUCAUAAUAUAUAUCUCAGUAUAUAAAAGCACUUUUUUUUUUGGUGGGGGGGAGGGUUACUUUGAAAUGGUGAGGAUGCUUGUGCCAUGUUUCUAUGCUUAUGGUUCCCCCCUAUUUUGAUCCAUCACCCACCCUCCUUUAGCUAAAAGAAUAGAUGGUGUAGGUAUAUCAUCUUAGAUAGAGUUAAAGUUGGAUACUACAGGAACAGGUAAAGGAACAAACCUAUGGUUUGUAACGUAGAGCAAAAUUGUGCAGAAGCAGAAUAAAAUUACUUUUUUCUGCUUUGACUUCAUUUUCCUAUGUUCUUUCAUGCAUUAAAGAAGUUGCUGUCUUCACCGUGAAGA